UGUAGGGGAGUUUUCUGCCAAAAAUUGAAACUGAUCUUUUACUGCUUUGAUUUGUAGAGAUCCUCACGGACCUCUCUCUCUCUCUCUUUCUUGUUUAUCUGUUUCAUCAAUAUAUCGCUGAUGAUGGGCUCUGCAAACGGGUUAAUGAGUGCACAAGGGAAGCAACCACUUCUUUCUUUUGGGGUUAUCUCCGAUGUCCAGUAUGCUGAUAUUCCUGAUGGCCGUUCAUUCCUUGGUGUUCCUCGGUAUUACCGACACAGCAUUUGUGUGUUGCAGAGGGCAGUCCAGAAAUGGAACAAUCACCAGAAGCUAAAAUUUGUGAUCCAGUUUGGGGACAUUGUCGACGGAUUUUGCCCCAAAGACCAAUCUCUAAUUGCUGUUAAGAAAGUUGCUAAUGAAUUUGAGAAGUUCAAUGGCCCUGUUUAUCACAUGAUUGGCAAUCACUGCCUCUACAAUCUUCCUCGUGACAAGUUACUUCCAUUAUUGAAAAUUCCAAGAAGUGAUGGCCGUGCCUAUUAUGAAUUUUCUCCAAUCCCUGAGUACAGAUUUGUUAUACUUGAUGGCUAUGAUAUCAGUGCCAUUGGUUGGCCUCAAGAUCAUCCAAACACUCUGCAGGCUUUGGAAUUCCUUAGGAUAAAGAACCCAAAUUCAGAUAAGAACAGUCCAGUGGGACUGGUGGGCCUUGAGAGAAGGUUUCUAAUGUUCAAUGGAGCAGUUGGGAAAGAACAAUUGGAAUGGUUGGAUGGUGUCCUCCAGGAUGCAACACAAUCAAAUCAGAAAGUGGUGGUCUGUUGUCAUCUCCCUUUAGAUCCCGGUUCGUCAUCCAAAGAAGCUCUUCUGUGGAAUUUUGAUGAAGUAAUGGAUGUGAUACACCGGUACAACUGUGUGAAGCUUUGCCUAUCUGGACACGAUCAUAAAGGUGGACACUCAGUCGACUUACAUGGGAUACACCAUCGAGUCCUUGAAGCCGCCCUAGAGUGCCCUCCAGGUACAGACGCAUUUGGAUAUGUAGAUGUUUUUAGUGAUAGGUUAUCUCUUUUUGGUAUGGACCGAAUGGAAAGCACUGAUAUGAUUUUUACUCCAAAGAAUAUCCGCCUGUAGCAUCCUCCACUCAUUCUUUUCUAAUAUGAUGUCGAAUGUACUUUACUGUAAUAGGACCAUAAUCAUUUAAAGGGAAGUUCACAAAGAUUGGAAUGACUCAGUAUUAAACUAGAUUUCCUUGCGAGUAGUUGAAAUUAACAGCAAACUUCUGAUGUCAUGUUCUUGUGGAAAAGAGGCAAGGAUGCUGUGCUAAAUAUUUACUAGCUGCAUACCUUCAAAAAGGUUAAGUACAACUUCUAUUGCACACGUGAGGAUUCAUUCUGCUGGAAUUAAUAUGAUUCUACAAUUUCUUUCUACUCUUAUGUGCUGUAUUUUUUUCUUGCCUCUAUUCUCAGGAGUCAGGACUUGUGAUAAAUUGCAAAUUAUGCAUACUAUAGCGAGGACCUAAAAUUUUGCUUUCCGGGGGGUUGGGCGGGGUUAGAUAAAUUCCUGCUCAUAGGUCAUGUAAAUUUAUUCACUUUGUUUGGUUCCUGCAAAUAGCUUUGGAAUUAAAAUUCUAUGUCUCAAUUCUACAA